AUGAGCACAGAUGUGUCAUAUGAACCCAGGUUAGGAGAAUCUCCUCCACUGUCUACUCUCAACAUGUUUUCGAUCUGCUCUGCUGUCUACAUCCUUUCUGCUUGGCUCUCGAUGUUUGCGAUCCGCUCUCAGGCUGUCGUCUAUUUCGUUUAUGCUCGGCUCUCAACACCUCUUUCGAUCGAUUUAUGCGCCAGAUGGCUUCACGACGAUGACGAUAUCGAAGACAGGUUCAUCGCGUUCCGCCUCCUCAUUGAGCUUCAUGAGGAGCUAUACCCAUGCUUAUACGCUUUCUUGCAAAAACCAUGUCUAUCCAAGGGACCAUUUGCUUUCAUAGCCGCGGCUCCGUCUGUUGCUGAAAUUGAAACCAUUCGUCUGCACCGCAUGUUGCUUGCAUAUUAUCGCCAAGUUCUCCGCGCUAAUCGUCUCCUUCCCAAGCAUCUGCUAUGGGACGGGUCGCUAUUAUCCAAACUACUCUUCCCGCCUCACCCUGAUACAGAUGUACGAUUACUUGCUGCUCGGUGCUAUGCAUCGUAUGUUAGUAUGGCAAAAAUUGAGCGCGUCUGUGAUAAAGGUGCUGUGAUGGAUGUUGCAGAGCUCGCGGAUGGCUCAAACAAGAAGCCACGUCACAGUAUACGCACCUUGGCGAGAGCCUUGAUGUUUGCUGCAUAUAUUGCAGGGCCGUUCAGGUUGCGACGGGCGCUUUGGUAAGGGAUGUUGAUGGUAUUCACCAUGGUGUUAGAUGAGGGACGCGCAGAAACUGUAACUGCCCCCUUGCACAGAAGCAUAUCCUUGCUGGUGUCCACAACCCUCGAUCAUUGUUUGCCAGAGAACCGAGUUUUCCUCCUAGGUGGUCUAUAGAAGAAUUCAUCCAGUUUAGACCGUUUCAUCUUGAGAA